AUGAUUUUUCAUCGUAUUUGCACGAUUGCUCUACUAAUCGGACUUUUACCAGUCUCUAUCCUCGGCUACGGCUCCACUCCCGAAACAAUAGUUGAGAGCAUUCUUGAGUCGCUCCCCUCGGAGCUGGCGAAUCUCACCCUCCCACCUGUGAACGUCCUUGGCUCAGUCCGGAUAAUUAAAAUCGGAAAUCUGAGUCGUGCCUGCCCCACGGCGAUAAACGAAAUUACUGAGAACGGAAUUCAGUCAUUUGAAGUCUCAACUUGUCUGAACGUGGAAGAUGCUGUUAUUGACGUACCAGAGCGCUCGGUGACUGCUUCGAUUGGACGAGCCAGAUUCGACGUUUUUGUGAAAUUUAUCAAGUCUGUGAAAUCAUCGUUGGAAGCUGAAAUUUCGAUCCCUGUUUGGGAAGACAUCGAGGUCGAGGGACCGUAUCUUUCAAGACUCCUCGCAUCGAGCGUUUUAAGGAGCAGCAGUCUGGUUAGAUUUACUCUGCAAACUGUCAUUACCUCGGUUUUACGGGAGAUCAAAUGGGAUAAUUUGUAA